GCUGCCUCCAGUCAGCCGAGCAGCUGUCCAGGGUUUGGAAUUCCAACAUGGCAGAGGCUGUGGUCAGUCUUUCCCCUCACUAACUUGGAAUGGUUUCAAACGGUGAGCAGCCACGCUUGACCGCAGCGAGCCAUUCAUCUCCGCGCUCCCCCGGAUCGAUGGUACCCUAAACCCUGACGCUGCCCUCGUCCACAGGCUUGAAGACAUGAUCACUAGCACCAGUAUUUAUGGUAUAAAGAUGCAGUGGACCCCUGAGCAUACACAAUGGGCAGAACAACACUUUGACAUCUCAUCCACUACCCGUUCACCAGCACACAAAGUGGAGGCCUACCGGGGGCACUUACAGCGAACAUACCAGUAUGCGUGGGCAAACGAUGACAUCUCUGCACUGACUGCAUCCAAUCUGCUCAAGAAAUAUGCAGAGAAGUACUCCGGGAUCCUAGAAGGCCCAAAUGAAAGAGCCCUGCUGUGCUCCUACUCCGAUAGCACCACUGGACUCAUGAAUGGACGGAAGUCAGAGAAUGACUCCUGGCAGGAGGGGAUUUACCCAAUGAACUGUGCUCCAGAUGUUAUAUCUGUGAGCAAAGCUGGAAUGACAGCUGCCCUCCCCCCUACAGACACGUCGGCUAGCAUAGGAAGCUCCCCGGGGGUGGCCAGCAGCUUGUCUGAGCCAAGCUACUCCAGCAGCAACUGUGGGAGUCACCCAGCCACCACUCUCCACUCGGGCAUCCCCUCUCAGGAAUACACUGCCAGUUACAACGGCUCCUACCUGCAUUCUAGCUACAGCAGUCAGAGCACACCAGCCCUCCCCUCUCCGCACCCCUCACCACUGCAGAGUGCGGGGCUUUUACAACCCCCGCCACCUCCCCCUGCUUUAGUGCCGAGCUAUAAUGGUGGUUCCCCAAACAUUCCCAACUACGGUUAUCCUCCUACAGGGUAUGCUUCRCAGACUGCAGUGGGUCCUGGUUAUAGUUCUGGGGGAGCACCGCCCCCUUCUGCUUAUCUGCCGUCUGGCAUCGCAGCUCCUACUCCAAUACCUCCCUACAGCUACCAGUCCCACAAUCACACACCGAUUGCACCUACACCUUUAAAUGGCAGUACAUCCAACUCAUUAAAACGAAAAGCUUUCUACAUGAGUGGUCAUGGUGAUGUGGACUCAAACUAUGGUAAUUUCAACUACAACCAACAGCACUCCUCACACAGCCCGAUGUACAGAGUGGCAGACAGCAGCGUCUCAGACUCAAACAGGGGCAGUGGCUUUGAAAGAAACACAGAACCAUCCUCUUUAGCCUUCAAGCCAACCAAACAGUCAAUGUCGUCUGAUCAGCAAAGAAAAUUUAACGUUCACUCUGGCAGAGCACUGAGUCCCCCAUCCUACGGAUCAACCAAAAGUUCUGCAGGGGAGCUAAGAACUGCUGAGCCCUACAGUAAAUUUGGGUCUCCCAUUAUGAGUGAGCAGACUGAAGAACACAGACAGCACCUCUCCCACUCCUUGCCAGGCGCUGAUUUAGCUACAGCUACCUCGUCCACUCACGCUGCAGAGGAACAGUUAAAGAACAGUGAUUCCAGCCUGGUGGAAAUGGUGAAUUCAGAGAUCCUUCAGCAGGGCUCUCCGGUGGACUGGUGUGACAUUGCAGGUCUGGAUAUGGCCAAAGCAGCUAUCAAAGAGGAGAUACUGUGGCCCAUUUUAAGGCCUGAUAUGUUUAGUGGACUUGCCACAUUACCUCGGAGCCUCCUUUUAUUCGGACCUCAGGGAACUGGUAGAACACUGCUGGCUCGCUGCAUGGCCAGCCAGCUGGGGGCUGCCUUCUUGCGAUUAAGCAGUUCGGCACUUGUGACUAAGUGGCUUGGGGAAGGGGACAAGAUCAUUCAAGCUUCUUUUCUCGUAGCUCGAUGUCGCCAACCAGCUGUAGUGUUUGUCAGUGAUGUGGAUCUGCUGCUGUCCGCCCAGCUCUCUGAGGAGAGCCCAGUGAAUCACCUCAAGGCUGAGCUCCUCAUACAGCUCGAUAGUAUUCUGUCCUCUGCUGAGGACCACGUUCUCGUGGUCUGCUCCACCAGUAAGCCGGAAGAGAUCCCAGAGACGCUACGAAGAUACUUUACUAAGAGAUUGCUCAUCCCCUUGCCUGACGGGACUGCACGCCAUCAGAUAAUCAGUCAGGUGCUCUCCCAGCACAACUAUUGUCUUAGUGACAAAGAGAUUUCACUAUUAGUUCAGAGGACAGAGGGGUUUUCAGGGCUGGAUGUGGCCCAGCUGUGUCAAGAGGCUCUGGUUGGUUCUCUUCAUGGCAUUCCUGCAGCUGACCUUUCUAGCAUCCACCCCAGUCAGAUGAGACUGGUCUCAUACCAAGACUUUGACAAUGUAUUUUGCAAAUUCCAGCCCAGCUUAUCACAAAAAGAGCUUGAUGUGUACACUGAGUGGAAUAAAAUGUUUGGUUGUAGCCAAUGAAAGGGAUCCAUCAAAUACAAUUUCUCUAAAAUCCUUUGUUAAAUACAAAUCAGUGUUUGGUUGUUCAACAAACAAAAAAGCACAUACACACACAUACUAUGUAGAGCAUUGGGAAUAUCCUUAUAGGCUUCAGACAGAAGACAUCGCACAAACUUAACAAUGUCAAAAAUCAGUUUAACACAUUUUAUUUAUCUGAAGCCCCAUUUUCAUAAAGUAACUUCAAAGGAUGCCCCCAUUUUUGUAUAUAAAUAUAUAUAUACAAAUAAAUAUAUAUAUUCUGCUGUUUUGGAGAUUUAGUUGCUAUCAAGUGCCUGAUAUGGUGCUGUUUGAUUUUUAUUUUUAUUUUUAUUUUUGCCACACAAUCUUCAUUGGUAACAUGUGCUAAUAUAAAAAAAGCUUUAAAAUGUGACAAAAAUGUUUUGUUUUUUAUUGGAUCAGUGUUUUUUCUGCUGUGUCUGUUUUGUGCUCUCUGUGAACCGUUGUGGUUAAUUUGAGCUGAACUAAAUUAAUUGACAUCACUUUUCUAAAGUUUUGUUACCUUUCACAGGUUUUAGGUGUAUGUAAAUUAUCCCAUCACAACCAAACAAAGUUGCUCACUUUUUCUUUGCCUAAAAUGAUUUUUAUUUUUUAAUCAAAUAUACAUUUGGUCAAUUUAAAGACAAAACAACAAAGUGAUACAUAAUAAUGUCACUCCUGUUCAAAUUGUGUUACACUAAUUAUCAAUAAUUAAGUGUAAAGUUUUGCCUUUUUUUUCUGUUUUCAAUUAGAAAUCUCAGGAAUGUGAUGAUGACAGUACCUCAGAAACUGGAAACAUUUGGCUUACAUUUGACAUUGCAUCUCUCAAAAAACCCACAAAUGACUUKAUAAUACCUCAAAAAGCUCAAAAUGAGAAGAUUCUUACUAUGAAUGUAUGAGGGUAAGGUUUAUUUGCAAGUCCUAAAAUCAGUAUGUUUUGGAUUCCCUACUUUUAAACGUCUUUAAAACAAAAYGUGUACCUUCAUCUGAGAUUUGCUUUUGAACAAAAAAGUCAUUGUGCUGAUUGUUUGAUUUGCUGCCUUGAGAAAUUCCUCUGUUAAUUGUUCUUUUUUAUUUAUUUAUUUAUUUAUUAUUUUUUUUGCUUCUGGCUAGAAAAUGGAAAACUUUUAGUUACCAGGGUAACCCAGGCUUUCUGUAAACUGAGUGAGGUAUCUCACUAUGGAGAGCAACUUCAGAUGUGACCAGUCAUGGAAGCUUCACUACUAUCAAGUCCUUCACUGACAGACCAAUCAGGUGCUUGGCAUGCAGUGCCAUCCCCUUCUCUACACGCCUCUGCCAUACACCUGGCAUUCUCAUGUGCAUUUCUUCCAUAUGACCAGUCAAAUAGGGCAGUGUGAUGAACUACACAGUUUUCAGAGAACCACAUUAUCCUGGUAACCUCUGUAAAACCUCACUCAGGAGAUAUCCCACUAUAGGUGACAUAGCCAACUCCCAGAUUGCAUGCUCUAAAGCAUAAACACUACCUCAACCUAAAAUAUCCACAAYGAGCUGAGAAGUGAGAAUACAUUUAAAAGUCUGGCCAUCCAUGGAUGCACCAAUCCUUCUACUCUGAAAAUGGUUUUCGUURAUAUAACCAAAGGGCACUGUUCAUUUUUGUGUGAUGCAAAAAGAUUUACAGAUGCCUGACUAUAUUCCUCCCACACCUGGUGGACUACUUUGGGGUUGAGUGUCCACUCCCAAUAGAGUGGAUUCCCCCUGGGGAGCAAAUCUGCCCUGUGGUUCAGCAUGCAGCGAAUGUGCACCACGCAUAAUGAUAGCAGACACACACUUCUCAGCAUUAUCAGGCUGUGGGCCAGUUUGUGCAGUGUCACCAAGCAAGUGCACCACUGCUGGUUUAUAUAUGCUACCAUUAUUGUAUUGUUUCUUCUGACUAAACCAUGACACUUCUGUGGUAUUGUGUUUGACAGAUCCAAAAACUCCCAUUAUUCCAGAUAAUUGAUUUGAAAAUGACAAAACCUUGGGGUGCAGGUCCUGUUCUUCAAUCAUUUUUAGGGGGUAUUAUGUAUUAUAGGCACAUAGUUUAAUUCUGUACCACAAUCAAGUAACUAUGGUACAUUCAGUUGWUAUAAAAAUGCUGAAUAUAUCAGAAAUGAAUUUAACUUUACAUAUAUGUAGCCAUAUCGAAACACCUUGGCAUUGACCUCUGUCUCUUUAAGAACAUUUUACUGUUUCAGRCAGUCCCACGUCAGUGCAUCAAUUGCAACAAUGCUUCCUGCCCAUUACAAUCUUUCCUAGKAGAAAGGUCCAACCAUUUUUGAUGAACUGUGUCAUCCUCAGGUGUUGUAARAAGAGGGUAGUCUCCUUGGCAUUCAAAAAUACAUUUCCCCAAUUAAGACAAUUUUUAAUCCAAAAAAGACUGACAUUGAGGGAUAGUAUUAAAGCUUGAUAGAUGUGCAGAAGGAGCUUUGUGAAAAUAGGCGGUGCUUUGUACCAGCAAGCUCCAAAUGACUACCACAGGAGAUUCAAGGAUUUCUCAGAAAUGCAUGAUAGACAAGACAAUUGUGCAUAAUAUCCACCCACCCCUCUUAAAAAUGUCUCCCCUGCCUGGUAACGAAGCAUCUUUGUCAGGGCUUUUCUCAUUACCACCACUCCCAGCAAGUUGCCAGUGGUAAUCACAUCUGGAUCUCUACAGUCCUGCAGUGCGAGCACACAUUUGGGAAAUGCCUUCACCAUGCAAGGAAGCCAGGUGUAGGGCAGGGGCAGUUAGGGCAACCCAUACCAAGCACGUGAUUGGUUUGUCAAUGACAGACUUGGUGGGAUGGAGCCUCCAUGAUUGGUCACGCCUGAAGGCACUUCCCAUGGAGAGAGAGACCAAGCAAAGUUUGAAAGAGGACCUUCGUUUACAUCAAAUACAAUGAUCCUGCUGUUUAAUCCUCCUGCUUUCAGACAAAACUAUUCAGUUUGUCAUGGUACAGUGCAAAGAUAACUUUGAAAGGUGCAGACAAACAUCUUGAGGUUGACGAAGACAGCUGCCCCGAGCCUUUUGGCUCCAUCCUGCUGCUGUUUUAUCAUUAAUGAAACCUAAGGAUUAUUUUCAGUCUAAGUUCCUUUCUACCUCAGUUUGUUUAUCUGUGAAAGACAAAUUCACAAAGGCAUCAAAAUGUCAGCACCUGUUUUACUAGUUUGAAAAAAAAGACACCAAACAAUGUUUUAUUGUGUGAAAAAAAUUAUUAGCUUUAGGUUUUGAUAACCCUGCUCUUUCAUCAAAUAAUGCACUUAAAAGAGAACACCACUGGAUAUCACACUCUGUGACUUUGCCUUAGGACAAUUUGGUCUUUAUCAGCUAGCACUUGGAUCUUAAUGCUAUGUUAAACCCAUAAAUCUGUAAUGCCAAAUGAACAUGGUACAGGCUUCACAGUGAUACAGUGUACACGUUUUCUACCUUAAGAGUAUUUCCAUUUAAGGUUUACAAAAUAAUUGGAUUGACCUCUUUAUAAAAUUCAUAAAACAAAUGACAUUUCUUUUUAGGAAGUAGUCUUGAAGACUCACAGUCUGUGCACAAAAUUGCCAGAGUUUGUCGGGUUUUAUGUUUUCAUUUUUUUUUUACUUUUACUGUGAUCUUACAGCCUUUUUGUUGCCAUUAAUUUGUAAAUGUUCAUACAUUUCAACAUUUCCUCUGACAGAAGAGCUAGUCUGAGAGUUUAAUUGGCAACUAAAAGCAUUGAAUGUACUAUUUCAUGAGAGCCAUGAAGAAAGCAAAGCUCCCUGGCACAGAAACAUGCCAAUGAAGUACAGCUCUGUUGUGGCAUUUACAAAAAAAAGUCUAAGGCACAAACUGACUUGUUUUUUUUAGAAGACCUCUUUCCUGAAACUUUUUUUUUCCUUUUUGACUAUUCAGCAUGUUUUAACAGUUGUCGUGUUUUUAUUUUGUAAAGUAUAUUGCUCUCUGUCACCUGGUUUAAUUUCAUUGUCUUUUUUAAAGAGUUAUUGCUGCAAUUUCAUUAAAACUGCACAAGCUUCAGUAAUGUGUUGACUUGUACGUUGUAUGUAAAGAAGCAGUUGGGUUGAUUAUGAGUGCCUAUUAAUGUUUUAUAUCAGUGGAGGUGGGGCCUUUAAAUACAAAUUCUACAUACCUUUUA